AUGCACUUGUACAUCUCCUGGUGCGCCGUGCAGUAUGCCUCGAUUUUCACCAGUCGGGACGCGCUGCUUGUUGCCGCAGGCGGGACCCGCCUACCGAGCUGGACUUCUUCGCCGUCCAUCUGUCUCAUGUUCACUUACGGCGUGGUGGGAGACGCCAUAUUCGCGCCCUACACCGCCCACGUCCUCAAGUCCGGCGUGCGCUCGGACGUGGCCAAGCUGGUGUUCUCCGUGCGCAAAGCAUUCACGGAGCGCUUCGAAAACGACUCGGUGUUCUCCGGUGACACGACCAUGCUCACCGAGUGGGCCUCCGUCGGGGGCGUGUUCGAAGCAUUCGACUACCGGAUAAAGCGCGACCUGCGCGCUCCGUUCCUGGGCUAUCCGGACAUGACGUCGUCGUUCGUGCGCAACUGGAGGAACGCGUCGCGGAUGCGCUAUAUGACGGACACCAACGUCGACGUCUUGCGCACGAUCGACGCCAUCCUGAACAGCGAACUGUACAUGGUCAAGAAGAGCGCGCAGGACUUCGUGCUGCUGCCCUUCGCGCUGACGUCCCCGAUGUACGACGCCGAGACGUCCAUCGCGAUCAAGUACGGCACACUGGGCGCGCUGCUGGCGCGCGCGUCGGCCGAGAUAGCCCUGGACUACUACGGCAGGCAGGCGGCGACCAAGGAUCGUCUGGACGAGUCUCGAGAAUGCUUUGCCAAAGACGCCCGGACGAUGUCGAUCGCGCCGCGGGCCAACGUCAUGUUGGAGGCGGUCACCGUCGAGGCCCUACUGGACGCUUUCCAGGCGGACAUUGAUCAGAAGCGUCAGGAUCGCCAGGGCCUCGCCGGUUACUCGGCAGUGGAGACCUUCUUCCUCUCCUGGUGCCUCAUGAAGUGUGCCGCGCCUCCCAACGAGCGCAACGCGGACGUGGAUCCUUGCUCCGCGCCUCUGCGACACGUUCGAAGGUUCUCGGAUACCUUCGGCUGCCCGUCGGAGACGUCGCUAAACCCCGUGCACAAGUGCCGGGUUUUCUAA